AAGAGUUUCUUUUUUAUUCUUGCAGGGCGUUCUACUCUUUUGUGUAAACAGAAUGCCUCGGUAUUACUGUGACUACUGUGAUACUUACUUGACGCAUGAUUCUCCUUCUGUUAGAAAGCAGCAUAAUGCAGGGUACAAACACAAGGGAAAUGUUCGAACUUAUUAUCAACAAUUUGAGGCACAACUGAAUCAAAGUCUAAUUGAUCAAAAAGUCAAGGAACAUCUAGGGGCCUUUAGACCAGUUGGCCUUCCUUUUCCUCAGCUAAGGCCUGGUCUUCCUGGUCUUCCAACUCCUCAGAUGCAGAUGCCCGGCAACCCUCAAAUGCCACCUGGUGCCCAAUGGGUCCCUGGUAUGCGGCCUCCGGUGCUUCCAAGGCCCAUGCCCGGUCUUCCAGGUUAUGCUCCUCCACCAAUGCCUCAGAUGUUGGCACCUCCCGGUGCUCCUAUGCCUGGUCAAGUCAAUAAUAUGCAAAGACCUGUCGGUCCACCAAGUGCAGUUCCAGGAAGUAUGGGAAUGCCUGCUCCUACUGGCGGCCCUCCAAUGUUUGCACCACCUCCCGUGUAUCAAGGAAGUACCACUGUGCCAACAAGCGGAGGAGGUGAUAAUUCUAGUAUCAACGCUCAAGCUGCCGACUCUAAUCAAUAGGCCGGUUUAUGUACAGAAAAUCCAGAUGCUACUGUCCUGAAGCUAUUCUUAAUCUGGUUUCAACGUGUUUUAUUUUCUAUGUUGUGAUGUUAAGUGCUAGAAAUCCAUGAUAUGGUUAGAUGUAAGGUAAACUGGUCAGGGAAGAGAGAAAAAUUCAUUUACUCAAGGAAGGUUUUGGCUAGCAACAUUGAUUGUACCUUUGAGAAAUGCUUCUAUGGUAUUUAUUUAGUUCAGUGAAACUAUUUUAAAGUCUAAA